AUGCCGGCCAAGUCAAGAUUCACAAGGCUUGACGCCUUCACCAAAACCGUCGACGAAGCCCGAAUCCGAACAACUAGCGGUGGCGUGGUUACCAUUGUCUCCCUCGUCGUCGUACUGUUCCUGGCCUGGGGAGAAUGGGCCUCGUACAGGACUGUUGUCAUUCGACCUGAGCUUGUCGUCGACCAGGGACGCGGCGAGCGCAUGGAUAUCCAUCUCAACAUUACAUUCCCCCGCAUGCCUUGCGAGCUGCUGACCCUCGAUGUCAUGGACGUUUCUGGCGAACAGCAACAUGGCGUCGCUCACGGUGUGCACAAGGUCCGUCUGCGUCCCGAAGGCGAAGGCGGCGGUGUCAUUGACGUCAGCUCGUUGAACUUGCACAACGACGCCGCCGAGCAUCUUGACCCCAGCUACUGCGGCGACUGCGGUGGCGCGCCGGCCCCGACCACCGUCACCAAGGCUGGUUGUUGCAACACGUGCGAGGAAAUCCGCGAGGCGUACGCGCAGGUGUCGUGGGCCUUUGGUGACGGCAAGGCAUUUGAGCAGUGCGAGCGCGAACACUACGCCGAGCGUCUGGAGGAGCAGCGCCACGAGGGCUGCCGCAUCGACGGUCUCUUGCAGGUGAACAAGGUGGUGGGCAACUUCCACUUGGCGCCCGGCCGCAGCUUUAGCAACGGCAACAUGCACGUGCACGACCUGAAGAACUACUGGGAGACGACGGACGACAAGAAGCACGACUUUACGCACCACAUUCACCACUUGCGCUUCGGUCCCCAGCUGCCCGAGACAGUGGUCCAGAAGCUGGGCAAGGGUGCCACGCCCUGGACCAAUCACCACGGCAAUCCUCUGGAUAGUACCAAGCAGCUUACUAACGACCCUAACUUCAACUUUAUGUACUUUGUCAAGAUUGUCCCGACAUCGUUCCUUCCACUGGGCUGGGAGAAGAUGGCACGCACGAUGAACGUGGACGCCAGCGUGGAGACACAUCAGUACUCUGUGACUAGCCACAAGAGAAGUCUCACCGGUGGCGACGACUCUGCCGAGGGCCACGCCGAGCGUCUUCACUCGAGAGGCGGUAUCCCCGGCGUCUUCUUUUCUUAUGACAUUUCGCCCAUGAAGGUUAUCAACCGCGAGGAGAAGGGCAAGAGCUUCCUCGGGUUCGUUGCUGGUCUCUGCGCCGUCGUUGGUGGUACUCUGACCGUUGCGGCCGCUGUCGACCGAGGCCUGUUUGAGGGCACUACAAGACUGAAGAAGAUUCGAUCCAAGAACCUGUAA